UAUACUGUAGAUAUUCUACACUUAUAAGAUUGCCUUCUUUAUAGUUAAGAAAGCAUGUAUACAAAAAUGACUUAUGUAGCCAUAUAGUAGCUGUUGUAACUAGUUUUACUUUUUAUUAAAUUGUUUUUUUAUGUUUAUUUAUUUAAUUUUGUUAGUAUAAAUAAAUUUAUGAAUAUACUGGUAAUGUCUAAUGUUAUUGAAAUAAAUAAUCACAGGAUUGUAACUGAAUUUAAUAACGAAGAAAACGAAAUAAUUAAAAUUGCACCCAAAAGUUAUAAUGAAUUUUUUGAAAAUUUUUUACUACCAAAUAAGCCUUGUGUUUUUGAUGCUCAAAUUACCACAAAUUGGCCAAGCAGAAAUGACUGGAAAAACAAUGAUGAACCAAAUUUUGAUUACUUAAAAUUACAAUUUGGUGAUUGUCAAGUUCCUAUUGCAGAUUGCAAUAAGCGAGUGUAUAAUGCUCAAUGUAAAAAUAAUAUGUCCAUAAAAGAGUAUAUUAAUUAUUGGAUUGAUUAUCAAAAGUGCAAUUACUCAAACCAAAUGCCUUUAUUAUAUUUAAAAGAUUGGCAUUGUGUCAAUUCGAAUACAAAUAUAUAUUUUUAUGAAGUGCCGCAAUAUUUUGCUUCAGAUUGGUUAAAUGAAUAUUUUAUAGCGCAUCCAGAUUUAAAUGAUGACUACAUGUUUGUUUACAUGGGGCCUAAAGGAUCUUGGACACCAUUACACGUUGAUGUGUUCACAUCUUACAGCUGGUCUGCUAAUAUUGUUGGGAAAAAACGCUGGUUGUUUUUCCCUCCUGAUCAAGGAACUUUUUUAAAAAACAAAAAUGGAGAUUUAAUUUAUGAUAUUUCUACAGUUCAAUUAAAUGACAACAGCAAUAAUAAUAACAAUGAUUUUGAUAAUAACUGCACGAAUGAAAAAAAUAUAAUGAAAACACCUAAAAGUAUUGAAAUAAUUCAAGAGUCUGGACAAAUAAUUUUUGUACCAUCUGGAUGGUACCAUCAGGUUUGGAAUCUAGAAGACACUAUUUCUAUAAAUCAUAAUUGGAUAAAUGGUUGCAAUAUUAGAAAAAUAUGGGCUGCUCUGCAAAAUGAAUUAUUAGCUGUUAUGAAAGAAAUAGAAGAUUGUAAAGAUAUGGAUAACUGGAAUAACCAUUGCCAGAUAAUGUUAAAAGCUUCCUUUGGAAUAAAUUAUAUACAGUUUUAUGAGUUUUUGUUAUUCAUUGCUGAGCAACGAAUUCAAUCUGUGAUAAAUAAUGUGCCUUUGGUGAGUUUCAAAAAAUGGUCACUAGGCCGCAAUCAUUGUUUGUUUGAUCUCAGACAAAUUCGAAACGUACUGCAAAGUUUUAUAGAAGAUGUUAAAGAGAAAAAUAUUAGUAGCUUAGUUUUUAAAAACUAUAAUGUUGAAGAUUUGAUUUUAAGAAUUGAUGAGAGUUUAAGUAUAUGAUUGUUUUAUUGAGAAUUUUAUAAACUCUUUGAUGAUGUUAAAAAUAAAUAUGAGUUCUAUGAUUAAUUGAA